GAUUAUUGACGUGUAUUUCAGCGAGCUGAAACAUUCUGUGCAGUUUGUCACAAUUCCAUAUCGUUUCACCCGAACUUUAAUGCUUAUUUAACGACAUAGUGACAUUCCGCGAUUUGUUGACAGUUUGGAAAGAUGGCUGGAGAAAUAUCAAUGAUUGGUUCGGUGAUUCUGGCCCUGUUCCUGGCUGGUUACCUGGGACAGCAGUACCUCCCGCCCCCGAAACCCAAAGUGAUCGGCCUGGAUCUGGGCACCACUUUCUGCUCUGUGGGAGUCUUUCACCCGGGCAGUGGGGAGGUGGAGGUGAUGGCGGAUGAAGCGGGGAGGAAGAGCAUCCCGAGCGCCGUCUCCUUCACUGACACCGACCUGUUGGUCGGACACGAAGCCCUGGAAUUAGCCGACCUCAACCCCCAGAACACCGUCUACGAUGCCAAGCGGUUCAUCGGGAAGCUGUUUGACCCGGCGCACCUGGAGCAGGAGAGCAACAGCUACCCCUUUAAGGUGGUAAACAAUAACGGCAGUGCAGAGUUUGUCAUUACCACCAACGGUACAUUUACUGUGACACCGGAGUUCAUUGGCUCCAGGCUGAUACUGAAGAUGAGGAAGAUGGCCGAGCGACAGCUGGGUGUGCUCGUCCAAAAAGCGGUCAUCGCUGUACCUGCAGAAUUUGAUGAACGGCAGAGGAACUGCACCGUCAAGGCCGCCACUCUCACUGGCCUGGAGAUCCUGCGUGUGAUCAGUGAGCCCACGGCGGCGGCCAUGGCUUACGGCCUCCACAAGGUGGACGUAUCUGACGUGCUGGUGGUGGACCUAGGAGGUGGGACACUGGAUGUGUCUCUGCUCAGCAAACAGGGAGGAAUGUUCCUCACCAGGGCAAUGGCAGGAAACAACAAGCUGGGAGGACAAGAUUUCAGCCAGAGGUUGCUGCAGUACACUGUGGAGCGGGUCCAGCAGGAAUUUGGAGUUCUGCCCACUCUCAAACUGGACAUCCACCAUCUCCGACAGGCUGUAGAGGCUGCCAAGCUCAACCUCACCCUGCAUCCCAGUGCCAGCAUCAGCGUGCCCCUGCACCUUCACAUAGACAAUGGCUCAGAGUCGCCUCAAGGGGAUGCUGCGGAGCCCAUUCUCUUUCAGUGUGUGAUCACUCGUGAUCAGUUUGAAGAGGUAAAUGAGGACCUUUUCCAGAAGAUUCUGGCUCCCAUUGAGACAGUGUUAGCUGAAGGCCACAUGGCAAGAGAGGACGUGGAUGAGAUUGUUCUGGUUGGAGGGUCCACCCGAAUACCGCGGAUCAGGAGGCUGAUCAGUGAGUACUUUGGGAAGGACCCAAACACUUCAGUGGACCCUGAGCUGGCGGUGGUUACAGGUGUGGCCAUUCAGGCUGGCAUCAUGGGCGGCUCGUGGCCUUUACAGGUCAGCGCCAUAGAACUCCCCAACAGACACCUACGCAAGACGAACUUCAUUUAAAAUGUAUAAAUCUACAAAAUAAAAUUAAGAAAUUGUGCCACAAAGAUGAAA